GUGCGGCCGGCGAGGAGCCGGGAGGCCGCGGCUCGGAGUGAGCCCCGCCAGGUCGCGCUGGGGGCAAAGGGAUCUGAAGUGCAGCUGGGUCGGGUGGUGACUCUGGAGGGCUCAGGGUCCCAAAGAGACCGAGAGGACGAGAGCUGGCGGGGGAUCCGAAGAGCGGCGAGAGCGCUACGGGGGGGUGGGGUAGGAAAGAGGGAACAACCCUGGAGAUGAGACGGUAUGAAACUGGAGCUUGGAAGGGAGCCGGGGACAGAAAUGGGUGAGGCGGGAGACACGGUGGGGAUUGUGUGAGGUCUGGUCAGUUGGUGAGAUCCAGAGGCGUGCUGUUCUCAGGUGGGAUAGGUGAGGUGAGAAGGAAAGCAGGGAGGGGAGAAGGGGUCCUAGGGAUUCGCCCAGGGGUAGUUAGCUGCGGGGGAGGAGAGCUGAGCUGGGACCCAGCGCCUGGUGGGGAACAGGCAGAGUGGGGGUACGCUAGGCAGUGGGCAGGUGGGCUGAGGUGUGAGACUGGUAUGAAGUGAAGCAGGGAUCAGGUGGAGGUGAUAAUGAGUCUGGUUGGGGAGGCAUCUCAGAAGUGAGGCCAGUGCAGACUGAGGGUGGUCCCAGGGAGGGAACCCCACAGUAAGUCCUAGGCUCUGUCAGGGGGCUGCCCCUCCCCCAUGGGGGAGGCCUCUCCCUGGUGGUUGCUGGAGUCAUGCUGUCCCGCAAGGGCAUCAUCCCCGAGGAGUAUGUGCUGACGCGGCUGGCAGAGGACCCCACAGAGCCCCGGUACCGUGCCCGCGAGCGGAGGGCCCGCUUCGUGUCCAAGAACGGCAACUGCAAUGUGGCCCACAAGAACAUUCGGGAGCAGGGCCGUUUCCUGCAGGACGUAUUCACCACGCUGGUGGACCUCAAGUGGCCAUACACGCUGCUCAUCUUCACCAUGUCCUUCCUGUGCAGCUGGCUGCUCUUUGCCAUGGUCUGGUGGCUCAUCGCCUUCGCCCACGGUGACCUGGCCCCAGGCGAGGGCGCCUCUGUGCCCUGCGUCACCAGCAUCCACUCCUUCUCAUCUGCCUUCCUUUUCUCCAUCGAGGUCCAGGUGACCAUUGGUUUUGGCGGGCGCAUGGUGACCGAGGAGUGCCCUCUGGCCAUCCUGAUCCUCAUUGUGCAGAACAUCGUGGGGCUCAUGAUCAACGCCAUCAUGCUCGGCUGCAUCUUCAUGAAGACUGCGCAGGCCCACCGGCGGGCGGAGACCCUCAUCUUCAGCAAGCAUGCGGUCAUCGCCGUGCGCCACGGCCGCCUCUGCUUCAUGCUGCGGGUGGGUGACCUGCGCAAGAGCAUGAUCAUCAGCGCCACCAUCCACAUGCAGGUGGUGCGCAAGACCACCAGCCCUGAGGGCGAGGUGGUACCCCUCCACCAGGUGGACAUCCCCAUGGAGAACGGUGUGGGCGGCAAUAACAUCUUCUUGGUGGCUCCCCUCAUCAUCUACCACAUCAUUGACGCCAAGAGCCCGCUCUACGACCUGGCGCCCUGUGACCUGCACCACCAUCAGGACCUUGAGAUCAUCGUCAUCCUGGAAGGAGUGGUGGAAACCACAGGCAUCACCACCCAGGCCCGCACCUCCUACCUGGCUGACGAGAUCCUGUGGGGCCAGCGCUUCGUACCCAUCGUGGCUGAGGAGGACGGCCGCUACACCGUGGACUACUCCAAGUUCGGCAACACCAUCAAGGUGCCCACACCGCUCUGCUCGGCCCGCCAGCUCGAUGAGGACCCCAGCCUGCUGGACGUCCUGACCCUCACCCGUGGGCCCCUGCGCAAGCGCAGCAUGGCCGUGACCAAGGCCAAGCCCAAGUUCAGCAUCUCUCCAGAGUCCCUGUCCUGAGCCCUGCUCCCCUGGGCCCCCCUCCGCAUGUGUGCUCACGGCAGUGUGGCAUGGUAUGUAGAGCGGACGUGAUGUGGGCCCUUUGGCCGGCCGGGACCUGGUGUGAGGCUGGGCCCUCCUCAGCUCAGCCUCCCCGCCUGCUGCUCGCCCAGGGUGUUGCAAGGCACUUGUCACUAUUCUAUUUCUGGCCUCAGCGGGAGCCUGUCCUGAGUUAUUUUUGUCCCUGCUCCUCCCAGCCCCAACUCAGGACUGGCUUGUCCCCUUCCCUCUGCCCCAGGCUGGGGGAAUCUGUGGGAAGUGUCAGACCCUACAGCCAAGUCUCCAUCUAGUCCUGGGCCCCCACGACCAACUGGCCGCAAGCUGAGCUGGUGGCUGGGGAAGGACAGUCCCCAGAUAUGGGGUCUGCUGCUGUGUCCGUAGCCCCAAGAGAUGCCUGUGGUCAGGACCCGGCCCUCCUUGUUGCCUGAAAAAGUGAUGGAUGAAAGGGUGGGUCCAGCCUGCUGGGGAGGGCAGUCAAUGAGGGAGCACAGGCCAGCUGGAGGCUUGGAGAUGUGACACCUACACUGGGACAGGCUGAGGCUGACAGGGCUCCUUUCCAUGGGGCAGGCUCAGGCAGGGAGGAAAUGGCACCAGGAGGCUCAGCUUGCUGAGCUCUGCUCAGGCACAGGGAACAGGAGAUGGGCCUCUGUGCCCCGCCAUUUGCCCCUGUCUCCACAGCUUCUUCAAUGGGUAUGAUGGGCUAAGGCUGCUGCACCUGUCUGCUCCCAUUCUGUCCCCCACCCUGGGAGACUGGGGCGGGCCAGGGCAGACCCUGGCAUGCUAAGCUGAAAGAGAGGAGAGACCUGGGCCCACCACACUUGGCAAGCCUCCAACCAUAUUCUGGUCCUGGCUCCCCACCCAUGAUUGCCACCCACAUUGUCCAGAGGGUGGCUGUGGAGGGUCUUUGGGUUGCUGAAAAAGGAGACAUCGGAAGGCUCAGGAUGAUGGGGGUAGGCGAGGUCCCUGAGGCAAAGAAGCCCUCGAUCCUGACGGGCUUGACCCCAAGCCGGACUCUUGGAGCAGUGCUGUGUGUACUUGCCCAGAAUUCUGACUUCUCUGUUGUUAAUAAAGCCUCCCCCUUCGUGACCUAAA